AUUUCAAAACGGUUUUUGCGUAAAACCACAGCUAGAAAUGGAACAUGGAAUGGAUCUGGACGACAGUCUGACCAAUAUUAACUGGCUGGGGCGAUUCUCCUGUCGCGGAAUUGUCGCUGAAAAAAAGGCUUCGUCGAAACUGAAGGCGGUGAAGCCACCCUCUGGUGUCUCAGUGAAGAGGCCUCGGCACUCCUAUUCAGAGCUGAUCAAGCUGGCCCUGAACAGCGCUCCUGACAGGAGACUAGCUCUACAGCAGAUCUAUGCUUGGGUGGAGGAUCACUUUCCCUACUACAAAUACCAUGCCAACCCAGGAUGGAGGAAUUCUAUCCGCCAUAGCUUGUCAAAGCAAGAUAUCUUCAUCCGUGAGGCAGGAGGAAGCGGCAGAACGUCCUUCUGGAUGAUGAAACCAUACACUCAACCCAAUGUCUUCCUGAGUCUUGGACAAAAUAAAGAUGUUUCUUCUUCGGCGACGGCAAACAAAAAGGGCACUGGGAGGAAGAAGAUGCACCCCCUGUUGCCCCGUGGAGUUCUGCACUGCCUGGUCCCAGUCCCUGUGCUCAUUAACCCACCUGCUGUUGGUCCCAUAGCAGGUCACCCCCCACUCUGCUUGCCUGCCCACAACGGCACCCAGAGAGCCAUUGCCCCCAAGGUGCCCAUUGCAUGCUGUUCAAUACCUGCUAUCCCCUCUCCAGCUGCUGCAGUGUCCACCCACCACCAACAGGGGGCUGUGGUGGUGAAGCGCUGGAACACAGGCCGCCAGAGGGGAAUGCGUCAGAGACGCAAGCAGAGACACCAGGUGCUGCAGGAACCAGAGAUUCCCUCGCAGAGCCUCUUCAGUAUCUCCACCAACAAUGACUCGGGGCUUGGCAACGAGAAUACAGUCUCCUCAGAGCAGAAAACGGGCAGUAUAACAGACAGCCCCUCCAACUUCAGAACCCCUUUAAAAAGAACCAACAAUGGGAUGGUCACUUCCACACCCUCCACUAACCCCACUCUGCUCUCACCCAAUGGGGCUCUCCCCAUGCUGGGGGUGGCCCACACCCCUUCAGCCACCCUGGGGAGCUUCCUGGAUGGCAGUUUUUUCAGGUCCCCGGAGGGUGGUGUCAUUGGGGAUGAAGACCUGGGCCUAUUAUCCCUAAGAGACACGCCAUCUGGAAAUCACCAUGGGAAUGGCAGCCUGGCUGAUUUCUCUUUCCUCAACUUCACCCCCAUUAGAGACAUAUCUCUGAAGAGGGAUACGUCUGAACCCCAGUCCUGUAGCGAAACCCUGCCUCCCGUCUGUCCCGAUUUCUCCCCCGGGGGUCUUGAACGGGGAGCUGAGCUUGUUAAUAUCAGCUGGUCAGACUUUAUUGAAACAGACACUCAGCAUCUGCUCUGAGAAAUGGACACAUGUCAGUUAUGAUUAAAAUUAUGCUCCAAAACCCAUUGUAGAGCUUAGCUCUAGUUUACCAGCCCUAUGAAUGUUCUUUGUUCCAGUGGAUAUUUAAGAGAGAGAAUCAUGCCAGAAAAUGCAGAGACUAAUGAAAAAAGGUAAACCGCUUUUGGUUUGAAUUUCUUAGCAUGUAAUUUGUUUUUGUGUGUGUGUGCGCGUGUGUGUGGGUGUGUUUGUGUGCAUGUUGAAUAUAAUUAUAAAAUUUACAAAAUACACUGGCUAAAUAAACCUGGCUUAUUUUGGUCCCUUAAA